CUACUUUCUGUUUGAGCUGUUAUAAAUAAGGACUAGAGUAUCUCCCAGCACCAUUCACAGCUUAGACUGAGGCACGUACUUUCCUCAUCACAGCACAAACCAAGAUGCUAACUUCUGUUGCUCGUGCCCUGAAAGGGACAAGGUCCAUCGCCUGGAGAAGCUUGUCUACCACCAGCUCUCAAUCUGCAACUCAGGGAUAUGGUUUUCCCAGUAAUUACCCAAUUGAUUAUUCUAAAACAAUGUACUGUGACCGACGGGAAUACCCCUUGCCUGAUGUACCGUUUUUAACUGAACUGACCAAAGAGCAGAAGGCUCUGAAAGAAAAAGAAAAUGGACCCUGGAACCAGCUUACCAAAGAAGAAAAACUAGCUUUAUAUCGGAUAAACUUCUGCCAGUCCUAUAAAAAGAUGAAUGCAGGAUCAGGAUCAGAGUGGAAAACCAUCGUGGGCGGCGUGAUGUACUUCUUGGCUUUUGGUGGAUUAUAUCUCUGGUGGCACCGAACAUACGUGUAUGGACCUGUUCCCCAUACCCUCUCUAAGGAAUGGAUAGAGGUUCAGUCCAAAAGAAUGAUUGACAUGAGAAUUAAUCCUGUUACUGGCUUCUCAUCCAAUUGGGACUAUGAGAAUAAUCAGUGGAAGAAGUAACCUGUAACCUACCACUGAGACAAAACCUAAUCAAUAAAGAAAAUGGAUUUAAUCAUAACAGCAUAUUAUUUGAAUGUAUCAUGUGCAUACUUAUUAAAAAAAAAAAGAA